GGCGGAGGACCCAGCGGCAAGAUGGCUGCGGCGACGACAGCGCGCUGGCGGCGGCACAUCAGGGAGCAACUGCGGCUACGGGAUCGGCAGCAGAGACAGGGCUUCGAGGAGCUGGUGCAGGCGUCUGCUGCCCGACCCACUGACUUCCACCAUCAGAUGGAUUCCAGCAGCUGCAGUCUCUUGUGUUCCCAACUAACUCCCCGCUCAACAUCCUCUCUGCAGAUAAUAAGCUCUUGGAGAAGUCCGACCUACAAACCGUCCUUGCCGAGAGGUUUCAGGGUGAGAAGUAUGAUCUUCACAACAGGACUGACAUCAGCCCGGCAUCGGAUGGUGUACGGAAUGAGACGACACAUGAACUUGCCCAGAUGCGAAUCCGCCAUCAGGAAGAGCUCACAGAGCUCCACAAGAAGCGUGGUGAGCUUGCCCAGAAUGUGAUUGAACUUAAUAGCCAACUUCAGCAAAAGGACAAAGAGAUCCAUGCCAAUGAAACAAAGAUGGCUGAGUAUGAGAAGCACAUACAGCAGCUGAGUAACGAUUGCCAGGAGCUGCGAAACAAACUCCAAGAGCUGGAGCAAGCCAAUCAGACGCUGAAGGAUGAAUACGAUGCCCUCCAGAUCACCUUCACAGCCCUCGAGGAGAAGCUGCGGAAAACAUCCGAUGAAAACCGGGAGCUAAUCACCCGCUGGAUGGCUGAGAAGGCUCAAGAGGCUAAUCGUUUAAAUGCAGAAAAUGAAAAGGAUACAUGGAGACGCCAGGCAAAGCUGAAAAAGGAUUUGGCUGAGGCUGCCAAAGAGCCAUUGAACAUUGAUCCUGAUGAUGACAUCGAAGUGCUUGGUGAAGAAGGGCCUGACACGGCAGAAGAAACGUCACCAGUGCGAGCAAAGCACAGGACUCCCAGAAGGACUUCACAGGCAUCUGGAAUCUUGGACUCUAUUGGUAAUAUCUUUGGAAAACGAUCGCCCACGCUGCAUGGGACUGUGAUUGAUGCCUCCGAAGCCCGUCCUGGACCUUGUAAUCAGAUGCGAUUGCCUACAACGCCACUCCACUUUUUUGACGCUCAUGAUGGAGAGGUCAAUGCCGUCCGGUUUAGUCCAGGAUCCCGGGUGGUGGUGACUGGUGGAACAGACAGGAAGGUUAAGCUAUGGGAGGUCUCCUCGGGAAGAUGUGAACUGAAGAGCACCCUCACUGGUAGUAAUGCUGGAAUUACCAGUCUGGAAUUUGACAGCACAGGGGCAUAUCUGCUUGCAGCCUCCAAUGACUUUGCCAGCAGAAUAUGGACAGUGGAUGAUUCUCGGUUAAGGCACACAUUAACAGGACACAGCGGGAAGGUGCUAUCUGCGAAGUUCCUUCUGGACAAUGCACGUAUAGUGUCGGGCAGCCAUGAUCGAACUCUCAAACUGUGGGAUUUGAGCCGUAAGAUCUGUAUAAAAACUGUGUUUGCUGGCUCCAGCUGCAAUGAUAUUGUUUGCACCGAGCAGUGUGUUAUGAGUGGGCAUUUUGACAAGAAGGUUCGCUUCUGGGAUAUCAGGACGGAGAGUAUUGUGCGAGAGUUAGAACUGCAGGGUCGUAUCACUGCACUUGAUCUUAGCCCAGACCACACAGAACUGCUGACCUGCUCCAGAGAUGAUAUAUUAAAGAUCAUUGAUCUGCGCACAAAUGUGACCAAGCAGUCAUUCAGUUCACAAGGAUUUAAGUGUGGAUCAGACUGGACAAGAAUAACAUUCAGCCCAGAUGGGAAGUUCAUUGCUGCGGGGUCUUCAGAUGGAACUCUCUUUGUGUGGAGUGUCGAAUCGGGGAAGGUGGAAAGAUCUCUAGGAAAGCAUCACAGCUCUUCUAUAAAUUCAGUGUCAUGGUCGCCAUCUGGAGAGCACGUGGUCAGUGUGGACAAAGGAAGCCGUGUAGUACUUUGGUCAGAGAUCUGAGUUAAAGUGACCAGAAGCUGACUAAGUAGUGGCCUUGUUCUCAGCGCUCCUUCUAGCUGCACGGAGGAGAUUGCCCGCAACAUGCUUGGCAUUACAGUAACACAACAUGGCAGAGUGAGCCUUGCAGAAUCUCCCUCUUGUAUAUCCGGACUGCUGCAAAGGCACUUGGAUAUUGCAUUGGUGGCCACUUCUGCUUUUACAGUCAUUCACAGGAAGCAUGCUCUCUGCCUGCUGGGGUAAAUCACCUUGUGUAAUUUACACAGGGCUUUUGACAUUACCAACUGCAGGUUGACUUCUGGACACAAAACCACCCUUUUCUACCCAAGGUGCCUAGAUGUCUUCUCUCCCCAUUGCUUCCUUUCUGUUUGCAACCAUAUCAAUGACCAGAUCUGUUGGAAUACUGUAUCUACUUUGUGUCCAUCCUUCCCUUUCUCCAAACCUGAGUAAAAAUACUGAUUUUUUUUUUAAUUAAUUGGCACACUUGUGAAUGGGAAUCGCUGAGUGAGGAGAGGUGACAGUUGGCUUGUGCUUUAUUGGUGAAAUAAUGAGGUGAAUAAUAGUUAUUGCAUAGUAGUGGCAAGGGAAAAAUGUUGUGUACUUUGCUUUACUGUGAGGGAGUUGUACACCAUGAACAAUACUUUGAGAAGCUUUCCCUGAAAGAGCAAUUUAAUUCUCUACCACUGAGAGAACAGGUAUUUCUUCUUUAUAUAUCAUUUGUUCUUUGAAUGUGAAAUUUCUUUGUUUGUUUGCACUGAAGUUAUUGCUUGUUCCCAAUUGUCCUUAGCUGGUGGUGGGUUGCUGCCUUGAAUCAUGUGAUUAUGCUCUCAUAGUGCUGGUGUGUAAGGGGAUGAACAUCCUAAAUGUUUAUCCACAGAAACUUAGAAUCUGGUUACAAUUGUGUGGUCAGUGAUUUGAGAAAGCCACAACUUGGGACUUGCUGUUUACCCUCCUUUGUUCAUGCCCUGCUAGUUUCCAUAAUGUACCCGAAAUUGGCAAUGUUUUCACUGGUAAUUUUGCUUUCAGUAGCUCAGUUUCAAAGCUCAAUGGACAUUGUUCAGAGGACCAGCUUCUAAGCUGGUCAACGACAAAUUCGCUUCUCCCUAUAGAUGCUGCCUGGCCUGCUGUGUUCCACCAGCAUCUUGUGUGUGUUGUUGUUUGAAUUUCCAGCAUCUGUGGAUUUCCUCGUGUUAGUUUCUAAGCUUAGCACUUUAAAUUCUCUAUUGCUAGACCAGUGUUGGGUUUCUUCUUGUAAUUGUCUCCUGCAGAGGCAGCGUGCUUUAUGCUAUGAUACGGGUGAAAUACCUGAGAUGGGUUUCCAGUCUGCAUUCUCUAGCUGGUGUUUUAAGAGAAUGGCUUGUAGUAUGGAAAUUAUCAACUCUCUAAGUAAAAUAAGCCAGAGUUACAGAAAAUGGCCAUUAUAUUGUGACAUGCUGGAAGGCAUGCUUUUCUAUGUGUAUAUAUAUAUAUAAAAAGAGGUUGGAUGCUACAUGUAGUAUGGGAGUAUCUACCUCGUAAUGCACUGCAGCCUCCUGCCACAUUGUCUGCCUUUACUUGCCAUCUAACCACACAUGCCAAUUGAGCACUUGAUUAAGGUGACAGAGAUCUUUACCACAGCAGGAGCUGCUGCAUUCAGAAAACUAUAUUUAAAUAUACAUUAAAAUUAUUUAAAUUAACUAUGUGUUUGGAAAUCCCAGUGGUUCGGCAUCUGACUUGUCCAUGGUCAAUUAUGUACAGCAGGUCCAGGUUCCAGAGCUCACUUCAAUACAUUCAAGCCCGAGAUUCCCAUUCUCUCACUUUUGUCCCUGGUUCCUGUGGUCUCUUUUAAAUCAUUGGGGCCACCAGAACAUUUCUUGUACUGUGGAAUAACAUCUGAAAGAAAGUGAAUUCAAAGUGUGGAGUAUUAUUUGGAAUGACAUCCAAUUAGUAUGGAAAAUCUUCUGGUCUGGCACCACCACCUGAGUAGCAGAGCUUUACUGUAUAUGGACAGCAGUAUACAACUGCAUAUCAUUUCUACAUUGACCAUGCAUAGAGUACACACUAAGUACCGGGCAGGAAACUUCAGCAGCAUGCAUUUGCUAUUUCAUAUGACUUGUAUUUGGGUCCAUUGAAAUGUCUACUUCAUACUAGAACCAGCUUCAUAAUUAAUAGCCUAUGCCAAACUGAAGAGGAGCCAACUAAUGGCUGUAUUAUCAGGCAUUGUUUUCACUUUUUAAGUAUUUAUCAGAAUUACAUUGUGGUUGUAAAAUUGCUCAAGGAUGUGUAAAAUCUAAAAACUACUAAACUGCAGCAAACCAAUUGGUACAGGAGAAUAACCAUGACCUCUUUUGUGAUUGAGGGUUUGUAUCAGACAGAUGCUGAAGCUGAGAUGGCAGUCUUUUGAGAAGGGUCCACCGGAGAUACGGGCUCAAAUUCUGACUGGUCUUGCAAUAAGAGCCAGUGUGCCUUGUCAGCUGUGGUCCUUAAGUGGCUUCAAGAGCACUUCCAAUAAUGUGCACCAAAUUGACAGUCCAAAAAAUUAAGCAGGGGAAACAUUUUUCUGCUGUGUUGUUCCUGGGGUAUUAAUUUAAUUAUACCUAAUUCUUGCUUCACUUGUCCCAACAUUAUGAAAAAUACUCACUUUGCAGAAUAACUCAUGUAACUGGUAUUCAAGUGUUUGUUGUUGUAUAUUUAAACCAAAUUGCAUAUCAGGUUGAAAUGUUUGAUAGAGUGUACUUGGCACUUGCUGGGGGAUUGCUAAUUGGGAUUUAAUUUUACUGAGUCUGAUUCUUGCUGGAUGUGAGUUGGAGUAAAUUUCUGUCAGUCCUGUAUGUUCCAGCUGAGUGUGCCAACUGCAUCAUUGCAGGAAUGUUUCUGCUGUGUUCACGGUGAUAAAAGCCAAUAAUUCAGCAAUGACUUUUCCUUAUAAAGCCCCGAACCCUAAUGAAACCUUUUGACAGCAUUUGCCGUUUAUUGUUCAGAAGGAGUAUCUGACUUUUCAUCACUAAUCUUUGACUUUCAGUGUUGUCAUGUUUGGGAGCUGUCAAUGCAUAAUGCUAAUAUAAAACUAUAUUAAAGUUCAUAGUUCAAUCAUAUUCCAUUCACAGCAUUCACUUCUGUUGAAGGGUAGCCCAGUUAAAUUUAAGGACGUGGCAAGUAAAUGGCGUGCUUAUUAUGGACUUGCUCUUGGAGCUCAAGGUUUUAUACUGUUUCUUAAGGGCUACAGGUGAGGCAUUCAAAUGUCCAGUCCUCUAUUUGCUGCUAUAGUGCAUUGAGAGUUUCAUUUUGUUGCUGUGCAUUGCUCAGUGAACUUGUGAACAGGGCGAUCACUUGGAUCUGAAUGGAGAGCAAACAGAUGUCUUCUGUCAUAGUUGAGCUUACAGAUCCUACGCCUUCCUUGGAUAGUAUAGUUUUACCAGACGUGCUACAGAUGACCCCUGUGUUGUGGCUGUUCGAGUAGUGGAAAUUUGCCUUUACAGAACUCACAAGCCACUACCCAAUAAUCCCCGCAGAAUUUAUGUUGAAAAGUAAAUAAAUCAACAAAAUUUAUUUCUUAACUCAUUUUUGAUGUGCAUAGGUGACACAGAUUAACAUAGAAAAUCACGGAUGGAUUGUUGUAAUACAAUUGAACAAGAAGGAGGGGAUCACUUGUGUUUGUAAAAUGUUGCACUGACUGCAGAUGGAUCUGUGCACCUAUGCUUAUGAAGAGUAGCAACACCAGAGUCUGAUCUUUGGUCCAUGUGUGUGUACAUUUUGUUAAGUGGCAUGUUCCAAUUACCUCAUUUGUAUCAAUGCUUUAAAAGUGCUCUUCACAGAGUCUUAUUUGCACUUUAUAUUUUUUUUCUGAAGAGCACUGCAUAACAACCUUGUCAUUUGGCUGAGGUUUGGCUCCCCCAUUGUGGCUGAAUCUCGUGUAAUCCCACCAAUUGCUAUGUAAGUCAUUACAGAUGUUUUUUUUAAUAAAAGUAUUUUAAAGAAUG